AUGCGGGCAAACCUCCUCCCUCGGACGUGUCCAUCUCUUGUCGCCGCCAAGGUUGAAUGCCAGAUCGUAGCGAACCUCAUAGUCCGUCGUCACCACCGGCCUCCAAUCUCCAGCAUCACCGUGUGGCUAUCCAUCGCGCAGCUCCUUCUCAAAGCACCAGCUGCACUGGGCCAGAGCAAUCUCUGGCGUGGUGAGCAGUACGCUUUGUCUGGACAGCUCCUUGUCCGGCAAGCCUGGAUCAACCUGGUUCUCUUUCUGCUGCGCCUGCUGCUCUCCAUGGCGGGCUUCCGAGACCUGGUCCUCCUUUUCCUUUUCCGGGCUGAGCUUCUGGCGCUGGCUUCGGUGUGGCACCCAACUGCCCCUUCACCUCAGAGUUAA